AUGUACUUUGCAAAAAAGAUACUCGCCCUUUUCCCCGUCCUCGCAUACCAAAAUGGCCGCGGCAAUGCCUACAGCCCCUGCCCAUCACAAAGUGACAUCCCAAUCGGCUUCGUCCAAACAUACUCGGCAUACGCGUGCAGAGGGGAUCUUCAAACUUUCCCCAACGUGACAAGCGGCAUUUGCGUAGAUGCAAAGAACUUCACGACUGUGAGAGGGUAUAGGAAAGGGAAUACGCCAGAGGGCGUGGAAUGCACCUUCGAUUUCUAUGCGGCGCCGGGGUGCAAGGGGUUUUCUGUAUCGGCGGGAAGGGAAACGGAUGGGAGUAAUAAUUGGAUUGAGUGUGUGAGGAGUUUUGUGGAUGUAAAGGGGGAGGUAGUGUCGUCUGGGGCGAGUUUUAUGUAUUCUUGCUAUUCGAGGCGUUGA